CUGACGGGUGUCAACAGUCGCGCGCUUUUAUUUUUUAUAAAAACAAGGCUUAACCAAAACACUGCGGUUUAUUUCGGAAAACCUACAAUUAAGUAAUCGCACUUCAUUUUUAAAGUAAACCCUUGAUUUUAAAAGCACUUUGGUGAAGAUCGAGCAUGGCGCAAUUUCAUGAGGAUCCGGCGCUGCUCACUAAAGAGAAACUGAAAAGCGAGUUAAUGGCGAAUAAUGUUGCCCUGCCGAGCGCCGACAGCAAGAAAGAUGUGUACGUUCAGCUGUAUCUGAAAAACCUGACUGUGCUCAACAAGAAGAACACAAUCUCAGCUCCAGACACUUUCUCCAGCGAUGAGGAGAUCAGCACAGCGCCGCUGGUGACCAACAGGAGCCGCUCGGGGAAGAAAGCCACAAGGAAGACGGACCGAGUUCGGGCUGAAGAGAACGACGUCUCUGGUUUGACCGAUGAAGAGUUGAAAGUUCAGCUCCAGAAGUUUGGGAUCCAUUCAGGACCGAUUGUUGCAUCUACACGUAAAGUCUAUGAGAAGAAACUUCAGCAGGUCCUGGAUCAGCCGCCGGUGGAGACCAGCCUGCCUGAACCAGAAACCACCAUCCCAGAGGCUGUCACUAUUAAAGCAGAUGGAAACCAGAAUGGCAACACGCAUUCAGCUGAAGAUCAGUACAGCGAUAAAGAAGAAGAAGUACCUGAAGCCCCUGUUGUGACUAAGCCGGUCCGGAGCCGAGGAAAGACCCCCGUCACCACCAGGACCAGCAGUAGACAGCGUACUAAACAGGUGGAGGAAAUGGCCAUUGAAGAGGCAUCUGUGGACAGAGCAGAUAUUUUAAAGGAAAUCUUCCCCAAUGAACAGGCCACACCAACUGGAAUAACGGCCACGUGUCGAAGGCCGAUCCACGGUGCGGCUGGUCGUCCGGUGAAGCCUCUGAAUCUUUGUCCUGAAGAGUCGCUUCUGGAGCAGAGCCUUUACACGGUGACCAAAUCCUCAGUCACAGAUGUCUACAGCACAGUGCCCACCGCUCGUCCCAGACCUCGCCGCCGCUGGCUUGCUUUCCUGCUGAAGCUCCUGCUGUUGAUCGCAUUGGUCGCGUCGCUUUAUUACGCCUACCAGACCGUCACCCCUGAUCAGAUCAACGCCUGCCAGCUCUAUCUGCAGGACAAUGUGAUCACACCCAUCGUCAAAUAUAUUAGUUGGGAUAGCCCAGCUGAGGUCGGAGGUGGUGGCAAAUGAGCGUCCCGUUCUGCUAACCUGCUUCAGCAUGCAUCUACUGUCAGACUGAUUUUUCUAGUCCUUUAAGGAGCGACGCAUCGGCAGGGUUUGAUUGGGGAGGGAGGGAUUCUGGGUAUUGCAGUUUGACCUUAGCAGUCACCUCUGAAUAGACUCGUGUUUCAAGUAGUCUUUAAACUCUGUGUGUUGUGUUUUUGAUCUUGCUUUGUGAUUUUACGGUUUUGUAGCAUUCGAGACUAUAUAGAGAAGUGUAGUGUUCGCUAAUAGCGAGUCAAUCGCCGCUGUCAUCGGUUUAGCAUCACACAACGAGAGGUCAAAAUUUACUGAAGGGGUUUUCUCAAGUGCCAAGACAUGGCCAACACGAGCACAAUUUGGUUUCAGACACACACAUACUCAAAAGCCUGGAGCUGAAUGUUUGCAGAAAUGGUUUAUUUCAUAUAUUUUGAAAGGUUUUCCUGUAAUAAUCAUGGUGAAUUUUGUUUUAGCAUGGCUAAAUCCUGACAUUAUGAAGUGAUGCUAAUGAGGCUAGACUGAGAAAAUGUUCUAAUGGGUGAGUCUCACAAACAAAACAAAAAUAAUCACAUAUGUUUGAAAAGAAAAUUGAGUAUUGAAAAUAGGACAGAUACCACUUUUUCCAAUGUAUUGUUUUACAAAAUAUAAAUAAAUCAUGAACAUAACCAAAAA